CCAGUGGCCUAAUUUCGUAGCACCCCUCGGCUCGGCCGGGGGUGGUUGUUACGGGGGUUGGAUUCGGACGGGACUGACACGCAGGGACCGUGUGUUGCAGGAAAAGACGGCGCGUGAGUCGUGAAUCUGCCUGCCCCCUUUCCUCGGCAGGGCACACCACACGAGCAGGAGGCGAGGAGAGAGAGAAAGAAGGAGGUGGGCACCUUCGGAGCGGCUGGACCUGAGGCGAUGUGCGUUCGGCUGCUUCAGAAUGGAGCUGGCGGGCAGGCGAUCAUUGCAGUGCUGACUAUGGCGUGCUUAGGCUCGGCGAGGCUGUGCGCCCGCCUUGGACACAUUAGUGCCAGGAGAAAAACCCCUGCUGCCGUCGUCGACCCCCUUGUAAGGGCGGCCUUCUUCAAGACACAAGCAUGCAGUAGCAGCAGCAAUUCGUCAGCGUCGGCGACCGCGGCGCCGCUGGUGGCGCCUUCUGCGUCGUCGAUAGCGCAGAGCUACACGGCCAAGCGUGCCCUGGGCACGAUGCACACGCAGCACCCCGGCUCCCUUCCUCGCGAGGACCACGCCCCCGUCGACCCCUACCGCCUGCUCGAGGAUGACCUCAAGGAGAUCUACGCCGGAAUGCGGCAGGAGCUCACCAUCAACACAAAUCAAAAGUUACUCCAGACCAUUUCCACGUACUAUUUCGACGGGCAGGGCAAGGCGUUCCGGCCUAUGCUGGCCAUCCUCAUGGCCAGAGCAGUCAAUUGCCACUUGGACGUUCAUAAUGGAAAACUCCUACCGUCACAACGGAGCGUUGCGAUGAUUGCUGAGAUGAUCCACACAGCGUCCCUGGUGCACGACGACGUGAUAGACCAGGCUGACAUGCGGCGGGGCAAGCCAAGCGCCCCCGCGCUCUGGGACCACAAGAAGGUGACGAUCGCUGGAGACUUCAUCCUGUCUGUGGCCUCGCAGAUGAUCGCGCGUCUCAGAAACCCCGACGUUACCCAAGUGCUCAGUAUGGUGCUGACCGACCUGGUGCAGGGCGAGUUCAUGCAGCUUGGUUCCAAGGAGACUGAGAACGAGAGGUUUGCGCACUACCUCACCAAGACCUACCGCAAGACGGCCAGUCUGACGGCCAACUCGCUCAAAGCUGUGGUGAUGCUAGGAGGGGCGGACGAGUCGAUCGCCGACGUUGCGUUCCAGUACGGCAGGAACGUGGGACUUGCCUUCCAGCUGGUGGACGACCUCAUCGAUUUCAUCAGCAGCACAGAAACGCUUGGCAAGCCGGCUAUGAACGACCUCAAAGCCGGUCUGGCCACGGCACCCGUCCUCUUUGCUUGUGAAAAGUACCCUGAGUUAAACCCGAUGAUCAUGCGUCGUUUCGAGGAGCCUGGUGACCCUGAGCGAGCCUUCGAGCUGGUGCACAAGUCGAACGGUCUGGAGCAGACGCGCUUCCUGGCGCGCAAGUACAACAUGGAAGCGACCAGACUGGCCAACUCGCUAGCCGAGUCGCCCUUCCAGAAGGCACUUGUCACGGCCGCCGACAUGAUCAUCAAUAGGAUGAAGUAGACAGCAACAGCUUUAAAUAAAUAAAUUAUAUCAUUGAAUCGAUUGGUUCACCUCAGUUGCGUGUGAGAUGAGUUAGCAUUCGAAUGUGUGAGUGAAGCUCGAUGUCGGGGCGCCUUUUGUACAUACACCACCCUCAGGGUCCCUCCCCAGAAAGCCCCGGCUGAAUGCAGCCGCCGAACUGGGGCCAGCACUCUCCUUUAGUUAAGAGGAAAAGUAUAUGCUGUCUGACACAAGAGGGUUAGCAGCCCUGUUACCGGGAAAACUUAUCCCUCAAGGUGUGGGUCUAGAAUUUAAAUUUUUGCAGCCUUUUCCUCUCUUGAGAAUUUAAAUUCUGAUCUGUUAGAUAGGAUCAGAGUCCGAUAGACAGUGCUGGUCCCACGCAUUGCAUUGUAUUUUAUCCCAAAGUCUGUUAAUUAAUUAAUUAAUAUUUUUGUAGCCCUAAUGAUGACGAUAUGUGCUCACUUAGCUUUAGCGAAAUAUUAUUAUUUACAGUAAAAAUAUUUUCUUGUGCCAGGCUGGUAUGUAAAUUCUCCAUGCUCUUGUCUCGAUAUUAUGUCGCCAGCCUGAGGAGGUAUACUUAAUUUUAUUCCGCGAGGAGUGUUUGGCGCCUGAAACAAGACGUGUACAGUACUUAACAUCACCAGGUGUAAAUAGAAUAUAAAAAAGCUCCGAAAGUUGUUGAUUAUGGUCGAUUUUAUCACCACUGUUAUCACGAAUUAUGCUGUUAUUACGUUAUAUUAGUCCAUUAAGUCGCCCAUGAAAAACUUGAGCAAUAAUAACGCAGAAAUUAUGUCACUCUAUCUGUUCUUUUUUCGUGUUUGAAAGGAAAAAAUGCUCGCUCUCUGAUCUGUUUUAAGAAAGAAGUCGGUCGAUAGAUUGAGUGCGACGAUUAUAUGGCAUAAAUUAAUACGAUAUGUCGAGUUAAAAAAGACGCGCACACACUCAUGGUUAAUUUGUUUUGGUGAUGGAACACAUAAGGCAAAUAAAUGUAACACUUUAUUGCAGUGGCCCAUUGCUAAAUGCCGCCACGCCCAUUAUGAUUAUACGCAUACACAUAUUAUAUUAUUACCUUUUAUUUUAAUGACGUGUAUUUUAUUUCAAAUAGAAGAACAUAAAUAAUUACAUUCAAUGUGUAAGGGUAAAUUUUCUAAUAAAAACAUACUCCAAAUUCA